AUUCGGGUUACAUUUUUAGCUUCGAGUUAUUUUCAACCUCAGUUCACAAGACCUCUGGAUUUUAUGCCACCUUCCUAUUAGAAACAUGAUGUGGCUCAACUUUAUAGGGCCGCUUAUGGCGGCCCUUGCCCUUAUCACGUCGGCAAUGGUCAAAGGAUACGAUAAUAUCCCGCCCCGUCCCAAUAUCCUACCUAGUCCUUAUGACACCGGCAGGGCAAUGCCCCUUUCGCUGCCGCGGGACAAGGGUCGCUACUGUUACGUAGACCAGGGGCUCGAGGAGAAUCGAGAUGAUGCGCCACGCAUUUGGCAAUCCCUACAGGAGUGUAACGACGGCGGGACGAUAGUGUUUGACAAAUCGUACCUAAUCGGCUCGCCUUUAGACCUUACGUUUCUCAAGCACGUCGAUCUUGUGAUCACCGGUGACAUCGCCUUCGAUGACUCUGAUGUGUAUUACUGGCAAAAUAACAGCUUCAAAUACACGUUCCAAAACCAAAGCGUGUUCUGGAAACUCGGUGGCGAAGAUGUGAACAUUUAUGGCGACCUUACUUUGGAAGAGAGCAAGAGCGUUAUCGACGGGAAGGGGGAGGCGUAUUGGGAAGCUGUCCGGAACGACACUGCUUUGCUAAGGCCUAUACUCUUCGCUCUUGAUGGAAUGAAAGGGGCUACUAUGUCAAAUUUGCGGAUGCGUAACCCGCCGAACUGGUUUAAUAUCAUCGCGAAUAGUUCUGACAUAAUAAUUAGCAAUAUGGACCUUCGUGCAGAGUCACUCAAAGGCACCAAGAUCGCCAACUCAGACGGCUGGGACACGUAUAAAUCAAACCGAGUAGCAAUACAGGAUUCAUUUAUUAAUAAUACCGAUGAUUGCGUCUCUUUCAAGCCAAACAGCACGAACGUCGUUGUCCAAAACCUACAGUGUGUCGGCUCGCAUGGCAUUAGCAUUGGUUCAAUUGGGCAAUAUCCGAACGAAACCGACAUUGUUGAGAAUCUAUAUAUCUACAACAUCUCUAUGGCAAAUGCUAGCGAUUUCGCCCGAAUAAAAGUAUGGCCUGGUAUAGAGACUGACUUCGAGACUCACCUCGCAGGCGGUGGUGGAACUGGCUAUGUCCGAAAUGUCACCUACGACCUUCUACAUAAUAUCAACAACGACAGGGCCAUAACCAUCACUCAGUGUUACGGACAGAGCAACGAGACAUUAUGUAAUGAAUACCCAGCCAACUUGACUAUCGAGGACGUCACCAUGAAGAAUAUCUACGGAACAACUUCCGCGAAAUUAGACCCAGAAGCUGGCACUCUUGUGUGCAGUGCCCCUGAUAGAUGUAGCGAUAUCAGGGUAGAAAACAUCACGGUUACAGUUCCUAGCGGAAAAUCCCCUGUCUAUGAAUGUAGAAAUAUGGACGAUAGCUUGUUACAGCUUACUUGCAUCGAAGAAUCCGGUGAGGACCGAGAUACUUCUCAAGGUUAGCACCCCUUAUUGUCAUCAUAAGAACAUUGCAUGCAUGAAUAUUUGUCCUUUGUAACUAGAUCAUACAUGGACAUUCACUCUAAAUAUUAAGUUAAAAGGGAGUUCGAUAUAAUCCAGCUACACGAUGCCCCUUUGACUACCAGCUCUAAACAGUAUAUAGUAUAUUAGUGAGGCUCAUAGUUACCCCUAUUGGUGUAUGUAAGGGGGAGCUACAAUUUUGUCAGACUUUAGUAACCGCACGCAUUUGGGAAUUAACACAAUCCUCCGGUGGUUUGUAUUUUCGAAGCAAAGAAUAACUAACGUAAUUAUUCCCUGA